AUAAUAGAUCUAUUGGUUUUUGACAUACUACACAACUAUGGACGUUAUCAUAAUUAUUACGAUGUUUUAUUUUUUACUAAUGAUUAUCAAGAAACGAUAUAAAAACAUAUUUUCGUCGUGCCAUACUUGCGGUAUCUACGUUUCGUAUUAUAUUAUACUUAAUAAUACGUGAUGUUAAAUCACUUUCAAUUAUUUUAUGGUCCAAGCAAUAAAACGAUGGUUGUCUACCAUUUAGAUUUCUUCAUUAUUUAUACAAUUUCGUUGCAUCGUGUAUUGUACUGAAUUGGUAGUUGUAUAUAAAUUAAAAAAUCCAGAAAAUGUAUCAGUGCAUUUUAUUUGCGGUUUUAAUCAUAAGCACAUCACUUCAACACAAAUGUGAAACUAAAGAAAUUCAAACUAAACUUCAAGCAAUUAUAACACCAUUUAAUAUGCAAUAUCGAGAAGAAUUAAACAAUUUAAAAAGAAGUCCCAUUCGUACAAAUAAUAUUAAAAACCGAAAUAACAUUAAAACCAAAGGAAUCUACAUAACCGUUUGGUUAAAAAAAAACACUCAGGAAUAUUUUUCGAAAGAUCAAGUGGUAAUCAUUGAUCACGUUUUGGAUGCUGUAACAGACAAAGUGAGUAAGCUCAUAAACCCUUACGUAGUAGUGAUUCAACAAGACGAAGUACUGGAAUCGUACAAACUUAAACACUUAAAGAUGGUCAAUUCUGAAGUAAAGGAAAUGGUGUUCAACAAGGACUCAACCAAACAUUAUCCUGGUUGCUACGCAGACUUAAAACGAUCAAGUUGUAAUGCAACGAUGGCGGGGAAAGUAACCCCAAUGCAAUAUAGUGAAGGGUUUUGUUGUUCUUGUAAUAUUGCAGUCAAUAUCAAGAGGCAAAUGAACGACUGUCAAGGACGAAGCCGGUUUAAGCACGUUGUCCACUCAAAGAAUGCGUUAAAUGAAGACAUCGAAAUGCUGAUCAGUCGAACAGUAGACAAUCUUGACUCAGACGACAAGAUAAUUUCAGAAUUCACACACAAUACAGAAUCAUCACAUACUUAUAGGGAACAAAUACGAGGGGGCCAAAACUGUGACUCCACAAAUACGCCAGAAUAUGUCGACGAAGCGUAUCGGUACCACGAAAGCAGUCAUUGUUUGGAAUUCAGUGAUUUAUGCAGGUACAAAGUAAAUAAGUUGGAAUCUGCGUCAUACCGUCAUUCGGUUACAAUAAGUGUUUAUGAAAAGUAUACAAGGGAUAAUACCAUACCGUUAUACAAGAAAAUAAUUUCCAAAGUCAAGUUAAGCAACAAUGACCAAGCUUAUGAAAAUGACGAGACAACUGUGCAAGCAAAGUAUGUAGCUUUAACAUUUGGUGAUGAUCAAUACUAUAGUCUAGAUAUAAACAAUGAUAGACUUUUGAUACCAGAAAAAGUGUCAUUUAUAGUUGAACAUGUUAAUCCACAGGCAAUAGACGAUCCAAAAAAAUAUUUGAUUGUUAAUGCAAAAAAUAUAAGUAUCAAAGGUGAUGAAUGCAAUAAAGUUGGAGUAUCAUAUGAAGCAUUCUUUAAACAAUCUAAUAGAUGUGGAGUGAAAAGAUCUAGCUGUUUGAAUAACCAACCAUCACAUUUGUGGAAACAAGAUAUGGAUGCAAUUGAGUCAGAAACUCCAGGAAGUUAUUUUUUAGAAAAUUUUGUGAAAUUUCCACAAGAUGCAAACAUAAUGGAAAAUAUUAACGGUACCGAAACGUUAAAUUUGCAUUAUGAAUUGGAUUAUAUCAGUGAAUUAUUUAUCCAUAAAGAAACGAAUUACAAUAGUGUGCUUUCGACAAGGUCUCUUAUAGAAAUUGUAGAAAUAUAUUCAGAUGCAACUAAAACUGAUCAAACUAAAAUAGUUGCAGCAAUUUAUAAUAUUGGAAUGACGCCCAAAUUAUUCCAAGUACAGUUAUUAGAAUUUCCAAUAAGUACAAAAAAAAACUGUACUGAUACUCAAAGCCGCGAUGUGUUGAUUUUACCUUUUCAUCGACAUAAUCAUGUUUUUAUGUUUGAUGGACCACUUAUCAAGUCCAAUAUUAAUUGCACACUUCAAGUAUUGGACAAAUGGGACAAAGUAAUGGCUUGGAGACACGUUCUCAUUAGCGAAGCCAACCGCUGUUUUUGUGUGUGGUAUCGUGAAUGCGUUUGUACAACAAUUGAAGAUCAAUUAUUUGCAUCUGACUAUAAAACAAUAUCACAAAAAGAUUAUAAUGGUGCUGGCUUUAGAGGAGCUAAACCCGAAAUGCGUAAUUUCAAUUCUAUUUCCAAAUUAAAUAUAAUUAAAUUAAUAUUAAUUUUUUUAUCAACAUUUUUCAUCAUGAAAUUUUUAAUUGGUAUAAUACACAGAACGUAUGAACAUACCUGAAUAUAUGUGCCAAUAUAUUACACAAAAACAAAAAUUAAUGGUAUCUAAAACCCAAUUAUAUAUAAAUAAUAUAUAUUAAGUCGAUGAUUAUGAUAAAAUGAUUAUUC